AACGAUACGAGCACGGUACGGCAACGUUAUAAUCACUAUCCGGCAUCUCUUUGCUCGCCCCAUUCAUAGUAGCCGUGCCUGCGCAUCAGACACUUGCAACAGACAUAGUCCGUGAGCCUGACUGCCCUGCCAAUCGGACAUGCCCGGACACCUCAAACCCGGAGAUCGCGGCAGCGUGGAGCUUUCCUCCGCCGGUGGCGAUGAUGGGUCUAGCUCUGCUCCCGGCAGAGGAGCUUUCGGAGAUUUUGAGACGGAUUUCCCCACUAUCGGCGCAACCGCUGGAGCUGCGAAUGGUCAAUGCGAUGACCCUACAGUUUACGAUGUCCAGACCUUCGUAAUUCCCGAAGACCGCAAACUGGGCUAUUGGUCAACGGCUGCAUUAAUCUGCAAUCAGAUGAUUGGUACGGGCAUUUUUUCAACGCCCUCAACAGUUCUUCGCGCUACUGGUACUCCUGCCGGAUCUUUGCUGCUAUGGUGCGUCGGCGCCUUUCUCGCAUUUUGUGGGAUGGCCGUUUUCCUAGAGCUUGGAACUGCUUUACCUCGUUCAGGGGGUGAAAAAGUCUACCUCGAGCGAAUCUACCGGAAACCCAAGUACAUUGCCACCUGUGUAUACGCGAUACAGUUUAUAUUACUUGGGAACACGGCGGGAAAUGCUGUUUCUUGCGCAGCCCACUUUCUUCGUGCCAUCGAUCCAAGAAGAUACUCCGUCAAUAUUCAGCAGCAUGGGGAAGCGCUUCCUACUCCCCCGCCCGAAGGGCUCUCAAAGGGACUUGCGAUCGGCGUGAUAACGCUGAAUUGUUUGAUACACCUUUACUGGCCCAAGGUUGGCGGAAAGUACUUAAUGACCGCAUUUGCUGCGCUGAAGAUAUCACUCCUUGUGUUGAUUGUCAUAGCAGGUAUAGCGGCUGGUGCGGGAAGGGGACUUGAUAACCCACAAAGUAAAAACUUUUAUGGUGAUGGAGCAUGGAAGAGGGAUGGCGCAACUGACGCGCCCGGAAGCUGGGCGGCAGCAUUAUUGGCAGUGAUGCUUCCCAGAGGGUGGGAGAGUGCAAACUACGUUCUCGGUGAGGUCCGUCGGCCAGCGAAAACCUUACGGGUAUCAGCCCCAAUCGCUAUACUUGGUGUGGCUGCCCUUUACAUAUUGGCCAACAUUGCCUAUUUUGCGGCGCUCCCAAAGGAAGUUAUUCAGAAUGGGGGUGUUACUGUUGCAGCUGAUUUCUUUUUAGAUGUUUUUGGAAGGAACGCUUUUGCGACUACGAUUGUGCCAUUGUGCAUUGCUUCAUCGGCUUUUGGGAACGUCCUUGCGGUCACAUUUGCCAAUUCUCGCGUCAAGCAGGAGCUCGGUAAAGAGGGUGUGCUUCCCUGGUCUCGUUUCUGGGCUAGCGAUAAGCCUUUUGGUACCCCUGCUGCAGCAUUGCUACUUCAUUGGGUGUUUUCCGUCGUUAUUAUAUCUGCACCGAGCUCUGACUCUGAGGACACAUAUGAUUUCUUCAUCUGUCUUUUCACUUCUUCUCAGACCUGGGUGUCUUUAUUCAUUGGAGGUGGACUUCUUUACCUUCAGCAUUCGCCUUCGCAAUCGGAAAUUUGGGCAGCAGAACGAACAGACUAUCAUGUCUGGUGGCCUUUCACACUCACAUUCUGCCUUGCUUGCGUCUUCCUACUGAUCGCUCCGUUCAUACCAAAUGAAUAUGGGGAUGGAUCACUUUUGACUGGAUCGAUUCCAUUCUACGUUUUCCCAACCGUGAGCCUUUGUGUAUUUGUGGCAGGGUUUAUCUAUUGGUUCGGAUUUGCGAAGAUAUGGCCUAAGUUCGGAUUUACUCUCGAGGUUGAGCGUGCCGAAGACGAACUCGGGAAUGAAGUUAUUAAGUAUAAGCAUGUCAAGAGACAGAGGGAAACACGUGCCGAGGCGUCGAGCACCUCUGCGCUGCCUCAAUUUAGGGAGAACCUUGGCACCGAUGAGGUGCGGAUGUCACAGAGGAAAGAGGUUUCUCCGGGUGCUUCUUCGGGUGGUGAGGACAAUGCGCAUGGCCAUUCCCCUAGCGCGCAUGCAUCCUAAGCCUUCAUGUUGAUUCUAUUUUUUGUUUCCUUGGGUUUUGGGGCUGGUUAGGAUAUCAUGAUUAAAAAAAUAUCAUAAAUCUUCAUAUGGUCGUUA